UACAAUUUGGAGUUCAAACAUUCAUUCCAGCUUGGUUGCAAUGGACGAUUCUGGGGUUGACGGACUUUCCAUGGCACUCGCAUGCGAAUCUGCCAUGGUGUCUCUGUUUGACGAGUCUGUCGCUGUCAAGAAGACGCUGCUCGCACAGCGACGGCGCCUCGACACUCUCGCAAGUAUCAACGCAAGGCAUCGAAACGCGCCUGGCUUGGUCGACGCAGAGACAGCAUCACGAGCCAUCCGCGGUGAGGCGAACGUCCGAGCGGGAGUGCUCGCGUUGCAGCAGCGAUUGGCGUUUGGCGUCUGUCUGUUGCUCCAAUUUCAAGACCGCGCUCGUAUCCUGCAAAAACUGGUUGCGGAUGAAAGCCAACAAGUUGGUACAAGUCCACUUGCCAAGCUGGCCCAAGCAUUCCGAAUGGCGGCGAGUGGCAGCACUCAUCAUCAGUCCGCUCCAGUUGCUGCUGGUGCUUUGGAGCCAAUCCCGACGCCGCAGCGAGGCAGCGCUUCUGAGACACUUGGCAUCCUGCCAUCGUCAAAUAGCCAAGUGUCAACUAUUUCAGCUUCAGCUUCAAUCUCUGCGACGCAAUUAAGUGGAGUUCCGCAGCAGCAACAGCUUGUCGAAGCAGUGCCGUUGAACGACUGGAAGCAGCGAACGCUUGCACUCUUGUCCGAAGCAAAAGUGCAGCAGCACGUCACUGCUGCACAGCAGGCGCGGGUUGUGAACGAGCUGGUGGACGAAGUCAAUCGUUUGGCGCUGCUGCAGCUUCAAUCCGGGCUGUCCGAGCUUCAACGAACAGACUCGACAUCGCUUGACGAUGACGAUGACAUAUAGUUGCUUUGUUCAUGUGGUGUACAACAGCUGCUCACUCUGUAGGUUACAUGAUAACUGCAGAGGUGCAAAUUCAAUUCAUUCAAAC